UAUCAUAUCUUCAAAUUGAAACAAUGUCGACUAUCUGUAGAAAUGAAGGGAAAUCCUUUCGCAUACCUUGACCUACUUUUUAGGGAUUUCCCUUCCCAUGAUGCACUUUUUGUUUAUUGGUUGCUCAGAAAAAUUGCAUGAAAUUGUUCAUAUUAAACGGAUAUCUGUUACAAUACAGGGUCAUGUCAAUGUACCAUACUACUUCGGAACGAUAAAUGAAUAUCUUGUACAUAUUUUUGGUAUAUAAUGGAUCGAAAAAAGGGACAUUUGACUAAGAAUGUGAAGGAUGUUACAAAGUCACUGAUGUGGAUAAAAAUGAUCGGUGUUGGUAAUAUUUCAGUUGGAAAAACUUGCCUAAUCAAACACUUCUGUGAAAGUAAGUUCAGUUCUGUCUAUCAACCAACUGUAGGAGUAGAUUAUGGAUUCAAAAUUGCACAUAUUGUUGAUUUAGAUUUGCGUGUUCACCUUUGGGAUCUCUCAGGAAAUGCAGAAUACAUAGAUGUCAGGAAUGAACUCUACACAAACACUGAUGCCAUAUUUCUAGUCUUUGAUAUUACAAAUCCUGGAAGUUUUGAAUGCUUAGAAAACUGGCUUAAAGAAAUUCAUAAAUAUUCUCAAGGUCAUCAGCCAGAAAUCGUUGUUGUAGGAAACAAGCAUGAUCUGAAGGCUAAAAGAAAUGUGAAAGAGGAAUCUGCUAGAAGAUGGGCAACACAACAUAAGUUCAGUUACUUUGAGACAUCAACAGCAACAGGAUAUGGUGUAGAGACAAUGUUCAAAGAACUUCUCACAAACGUUGCAGCAAAGAAAAAUUUAUUACAAAAAUGAAAAUUAAUUAAAUGUUGUAGGGAAAAAUAUAUAACAAUGAAUAUUGCAAUCACCAAGCAGCAUUGAUUUAUUAGUGUAUAUGAAAAAUAAAAUGUAAAG